CUGGAGUCAACAAGAACCCGUUUAUAAACCUCGGCAAUGGACUCUCUUUGGAAACGCUACAGCCUCUGCUUUUUAUGACGACACUUUACAAAGAGGCAAAUCUGAAGAAGCUCAUAGCGGCCAGUCCACUUACUAGGACCUUGGAGGAGAUAAAGGAAGCGUUACGAAACCAGGCUCAGCAGCGGGAGAAAGAAUUGAAAAGCACCCCACCGCUGGUGACCACUGGAAUCGUCGUUCCGGCAGAUAUGAACACACUAUCACCACGUCAGCUGAUUGUUUAUCGUUUUGGCUGCACCAUCCUGAAUCUCUUGUGUCACAGCUGCAUCAAGAAGCCAUUGCAGCUGUUAGUAGCAGAGACCAUUCCUAGAAGGAGCGCUUGGGAGGAACGGGAAGACCUGCAAAUAGGAGAUUCUUAUUACGACACAAGUAACAAAGUGUUAUUCGUACCAGUGACACGCUUAGAAAAUGCCGGUGACCUGGUUGUGGUGUUGGUUCAUGCCAUUGCGUGGAUCAAAGCAGGGUUUAACACAGAAUCUGGUAAUCCCGAAUUCCUAAAAUGUAUCAACAGAGCGAUUGAAGGUUUAGCUAAAGCUUUCUUCUAUUCCUGGAACAAACAAAGGAUUAAAAGUCAAACGUUGCAGGAAAAUCCAGAUGAUGACAAAUAUGAAUCUUUAGAGCAUUCCCCUGAACAAACAGCCUUUGGCGAUCUUCUAUAUAUUCACAGAUUACUUCCACACAGCUCCAGAAGUUUGCCGUUUUACAAGGAUUUGGAAGUUUUAGGAGUAAGGGAUGACACCGAGAACAUCCCACGGACAAACAAAACAAAUGGAAAGCAGAGAUCAUGUAGCCUGGAUACAUUGUCUCACCAGGAAGAGAUGUUAGAUAUGCUCAAUGAAGAAUUUUUGGAGUUGACAAUGCAAGCUCUGAAGAACAGGACAAAAGAUGAGGAGUUACCUUAUGAAAUGACAGAUUGGAAAGACUCGACCGAGUUUGACAGGUGGACUGAAAGAAGAGACUCGGGCGUACUAUUGCAAAUUAAGAGACGCUGCGUAGCCCAGAAGAUCUGCGCGGCAGAAUGUGGCGUUCCAUAUCUCCACCACCCUGACACUCCGGACAAACCUGAUCAGACAGCAGUCGAUGCCAAGGAUAGCAGCACACAAAUAGAUUAA